GGCUUUUAAAAAGCUGAAAGAAACAUCCUGACAGUCAGUUGCCACAUCCCCGUAAAGGAGUCAAAUACACGUUAGCUAUUAAAAAGCCAAGCUAUCUUCAUCAAAGAGAAAAAAAAAAGACUCCGUCUUGACACAGAAUAUGCACUGGCAAAAAUCUUCUGCUCCAGAACAGCAGCCGCAGCCUCGCCCUUAUCAAGGGGUCCGUGUCAAAGAGCCGGUGAAGGAGCUAUUGAAAAGGAAACGGGGAAAUGUUCAUAGUGCCAGUGCAACGGCAGCUGCAACGGUUGUUUUGCCUCAUCAGCCACUUCCUUCCUAUUCACCGAUGGGCCAGCCUUGCAUUGACAUGGAUGUUGCCGCCCCUGCCUUGUCUGUCGCAGAUGAAGGAGCACUCUGUUCGGGCUGGAUCUCCCAGGCUUCUCCUACAUCCUUACAGCCUUUAACUCAGUGGACCACUUACCCUGAUUACGUGCCCCACGAAGCGGUCAGCUGUCCGUACACAGCAGAUAUGUAUGUCCAGCCUGUGUGUCCCAGUUACACGCUGGUUGGACCUUCAUCUGUUCUGACUUACACUUCUCAGCCACUCAUCACCAAUUUUGCACCACGAAGCACCCCCCCUGCUGUAGUGCCCCCGCUUGAGGUGACGGAUCAGCAGCCCCCUCUCACCUACUUCCCAUGGGCACAGCCCCUCUCUGCGCUGCCAGCCUCCACUCUGCAGUACCAGCCAGCUUCUUCCACGCUUCCCGGGCCACAGUUCGUGCCCUUGCCGAUUUCCAUCCCUGAACCAGCCCCCCAGGAGCUGGAGGAUGCCAGACGAGUCAUCGGCACGCUGCCCAUUGAGAAGCUGCUGCUAGAAGAUGAAGACAAUGAUACAAUUCUACAUAUUUAUGCAGCUAAAGGUAUGAGAGCGUAUACAUUGGCAGCUGCAGAGCGCAUGAAAUUGCUGCGAAGACUUGAUGCCAAGGAACACAGAGGAAAGACUCCGCUGCUGGUGGCUGUCACUGCCAGGCAGCCAGCUAUUGUCUAUGAUUUGAUCCAGACAGGAGCAGAUGUCAAUGCUGUAGACCACAAAGGGCAGUCAGCUUUACAUCUUGCUGCAACAUACGGGUAUGCCCAAGUCCUUCAGGUAGGCAAAGCUUUUCUGGUUUUAAUUGCUAGCAAUAUAAACCUCCACGAAAGCCUCAGUGUCGCUGCCUUUAAAAACUGUCCCAGAAGGCGAGGCGUCAGUAAGUGAUGGAGACUGACCGAAGCAUCCUUUUCCAUCGUGUUAGGAUUCAGCUUCCCAGGUUAUUCCCGGGACUACACUUGCAGCCAACCUCAGGCUCCUGUCAAAGAGGAAACAGCUUUAGCGUAUGGGUGGGGGAAAGGGAAUUCUGUCUGCAGAUCCUAGCUCUGAGUCUGCUGCAGGCGGACUGGGCGUGCUCUGCCUUGAGCCCCCAGUGCUGCAUGGUGCCUGCUGGGAGGGGGUCCCCAGAGGCUGCAGGCAGCUGUGGGGUGUGAGCAGGAGCAAUAAUACUGCUGUGAAACUCCCUCCUGAUGCCAGUGUCACCCAGGCGGGAGCAACAAACGGUGUCCCAACUCAAGCCAGCUGAAGAGAGAGCAGCUGUGACCCUGCGGACACAGGCACAGCCUUCAAAAUGAGGCACAUUUUCCAAAUUUUUUCAAAUUCUUGCAAAACCAAGAAGAUUUUAUGCAAAAUCAAAAAAUAAUAUUUUCUUGAUUUUAUGCAAAAUCAAGAAGAUUUUCCAGGGCAUGAGAGAAACUGGACACUUGUAUGGCCAGAACAUACCAGAGUUUUCAUUUUUUAUAUGACCAGAUCUUCGCUUCCCUAUUGCUUCACAGAUCUUCCUUUGGACGGGGUCUACACCCAAGUUGUGUGCCAGGCAGACCCUAACAGCCCUGAGGAGCAAAUAAGCACAUUAGACAAGGGGGAAUUUUUGGAAGGGAUUGCAUGGCAGAGAUAAGCAUACUGGAACGUGUCUCUUAAACACUUCACUAUAGGCCAUAAAAUGGAAUUAAUAUAACGUGCCUGCCUUGAUUCACGCCAGGGCUGAGUGUAGGUGGCUGCCAUGCAGUUUCACAGUUUCACACCGCUGAGUUUAUAUGAGGACAGGGCACCUCCCGCCCCGAGGACGGGGGAGGUGGCGGUGGCAGUGCCAGGGCGGACCUGGCACGCUGGCAGCCCCCCGCAGCGUGCGUAAGCUCUGCCUUGCACACACCCAGCCCCGAGUCUUGAGCAGGCAGUUAAUGUGUAACGUUGCGAGUUCUUUGGAAAGCAGGUGUUUCAUUCAGUGGGGAAAAGUGGUUUACAUCCAGAUGAUUCCAACAAAGCCUCCUGAAGUGCCUUGUGAUGGUUUGUGUUUUGUUUUGGUUUUUUUUUUAAUUAUUUUUUUCCUUGACAUGAAAAGGGAAAACGCACACAGGCUUGCUUCUCACUGUGGUCAAAGCCAUGAAAUGCUUUACAAUUCAUUUGUUUAUUUUAAUUGGUUUGGUUUUUUUUCUACUGGAUUAAACAUCUAAUAGUCAGGCAGCUGAGAGCUACUUGUCAAUAUUUGAUUUGUAUAAAUUAUAUUGUUGUUACAAAAAGGGAGCGCAAGCCCUAACCGUCCUGGAUAAUCUUUCGGCAGAAGGGUUCUGUCCUGCGCCUUGUCUAACUUGACAAGGUUCUGGAUGAGUCACUGCUCUGCAAAAAUUCUCAGCCAAGAUGCUGUGAUAUCAACAACUUGCUUUAUUCAAUCAAGAGGAAAAAAUGCACCGUCUGUAAUAAUAUAGACAAGGAGCUACUUGGCUGCGUCACAUUGAAUCUCUAAUUUUCUUAAGUUAAAGAGUUUUGAAAAUUUUACUCUCUGCUAAAUCCAAGCAGUGCUCAUCUCCAGACUACUCUUUCCCGCCAUUUACAAGCUCUGCAUCCUCACUGCUGCAGCCAUUGCAACAAACUUUGGUUUUAACCUGUCGCGCUGCUGCACGUCUGCUGCACAUUAAAAAAAGAAAGUAAAUAAAUCCAGGCGGAGACUUUUCCAGUGUCAGCAAACUUUUAGGUAAUAAAGUUUGGCUGUACAUGUCAAGGAGAGAUUUUCAUUCAUCCUUGCUGAGAAUAACUCCGAAAAAAUAUGAAUUGGUGUUAUUGGUGCCUUUGCUGAAUCCAGGGUGCAAGCGAGGAGGUUAGCGCUCGAGCUGGGGGCAAUGACUUAAUUUUACUGUUCUGAGCUGAGAAUCUAACAGGGUGCUGUGCUUAGGUGGGGUUCAGGGUAUUAGGGACGUAAUCAUCUUGUGUAACCCUGAAUGGCCGUUAGGAAACAGAUCCACAGCUCUAAAACCUAGUGUCAAAUAAGGGCUUAGUUUGUAGUUAUAUGAUAAUUAUCUGUUUGUUUGGUUUUAAAUGUUAGUUUUGACUGAUUUUGGCUUGGACAGUAUUCUGCUGAACUAAAAUCUUCCAUUUCUCUGUUGUUCCUAGGUUAUACUGUCACUAGGUUUCCCCCUUGAUUUAGAA